AUGGACGGGACAAAUCAGCUAUCGAAACCUAGGCUCAUCUAUCUCGCGCACUCUCCAAGUACGCAGGCAGUGCUAUGGCUCCUUGAAGAACUUGGAAUAGAAUACGACAUCACGAAAUUCGACCGUCCUUUGGACAAGCGAGCAGCCGGUCUCAGCCAAACACAUGUACAGGGUCACGCCCCACAGCUCAUCCUACCUGAUGGGCAGGUUAUCACACAAAUGAGCGCUUGCAUGCUUUACCUCCUUCUCACGUAUGACACCAAACAGACGUUCCACAAGACCGAUGUUGGAUACAGAGUUCGUGAAGACUAUCUGGUUAGCCUUGCCACGACUGAUCUCGUGGCGCGGUUGGGAACGAAGCAUCUAUUCAUGGUACUGGGUUCUGUAACACCUUUCUUCAUAAGUCCUGUAAUAAAGCUUCUUGGGUAUGGACUCAACAAAGCGUUUCUGGAUGAGGAUGUCCACAAUGCCUUGCAAGUGGUGGAAAUGGAGCUUGAAGGUCGAGAAUGGAUUAUGGGAGGCAGCGCGCCUUCGCGAGCCGACAUGGCGCUCAAGAUUGCUUUGGAUAUGGCAGUUCAGCCGAACCUUGUCGAGAUAGACAAGUGGCCAAGGGUGAAGGCAUGGCUGAAGCGAUGCGAGGCGAGACCUGCGUGGAAGAGGUCGAUUGACAAAGGAAUUGGGUAUCAGCUCGACUGGAACUCCAGACUUCAAGAAAGCCAAAAGCUUGGUUUGUCGGCUUGGACAUGGACAUCGGUGGCACUAACUGGGGCUGCAGUUUCUUAUUUUGUGAUCCGCAGUGCCAAUUAA